UUGUUACUCCACUAGUCACUACUUCGUGUAAAAUACAUCAACUUGGAGUUAUCUUGCAUCGUGCGGUGUGAGAGGUCGUGUUCAUCUUCAGUAAUUGGAAAUUUUAAAUAAACAGAAAAUGGAAGCUGUGGUCUUCGACGGACAGGCGUUAACGUUGAAGUACGAUGCUCAAUACCCGAUGCCAAAAAUUGUCAACGACACUGAUGUUUUAGUCAAAGUGGAAUACGCAGGCAUUUGUGGAACUGACCUGCAUAUUAUCCAAGGAGAGUUCCCGGCGAUCAAAGACCGUCCCCUGGCUCUGGGUCACGAAUUCAGUGGCAUAGUACACGAUGCAGGCAAGGCUUCAAUCUUUAAGAAGGGACAGAAAGUAGUAGUGGACCCAAAUCGCGCCUGCAACCUCUGCGACUUCUGCCGCAAAGGAAAAUACCAGUACUGCCUGACUGCUGGAAUCAACAGCACUAUCGGCAUCUGGAAAGACGGUGGCUGGGCUCAGUACUGCUGCGUACCACAGGACCAGGUGUACGCGCUGCCUGAUGGAAUUACUACUGAGCAAGCCGGCCUCUGCGAGCCGUACUCCUGCGUGGCUCAUGGCUUCGACCGCGCGUCUCCUCUGCUCGUCGGCGAAAAGAUCUUGAUAGUCGGAGCUGGUAUUAUUGGAAACCUCUGGGUGACGACCCUCCAUCAUCACGGGCACAGGGAUGUGACAGUGUCUGAGAUGAACAAGGCUAGAUUAGAUAUCGUGAAGAAAUUAGAUACCGGCUUCAGACUAGUAACGCCUGAUGUUUUAGAGAAGGAUAAGAUAUUGUAUGACGUCAUUAUUGACUGCACUGGUGUUGGUAAAGUGAUGGAAAUAUCCUUCAACUACCUAAAACCUGGCGGUAAAUACGUUCUGUUUGGUUGCUGCCCACCCACACAUCAGGCGUCGGUUAACCCGUACCAGAUUUACGACAAAGAGCUAACCAUUAUUGGGGUUAAGAUAAACCCAUUCAGUUUCCCCAACGCCAUCGGCUGGAUCAAGGCCAUGGGGAGCAGGUAUUUGGACUACAACAAGCUCGGAGUGAAGACAUACGCCUUGUCGGAGUACGAGAGCGCCAUGAAAGAUUUGAAGGCGGGCGCCGUCGCUAAAGCCAUGUUUAAAAUUGUUUGAUUUGUAAAAUAUAUAUUUGAUGUUGUUUAUUAGUCCUUUAUGUGGACCCGCUUACAA